UGUCUGUCAUCUUUAAACUCUGGGACUCCCUCCUCUUAGUACAUACCAGACAUCAUAAAACACUUAAAUGCUCGAGUCACUGAUCAGGACAGUGUCAAACUCGAAACGCAAAUUAGGGACAUGAAGAAUGGUAAAUAUAUGGUACAGUUUGUCCCUCUGCGUGAAGGCAAACUAAACAUAGAUAUUACGCUAUAUGGCCAGCAUAUUACACACAGUCCUUUCCCUGUAACCGUCAAAGAGGUAGAAUCAGACACUGAGGAUGUUGUUGAAGAUGAUGAUGUGAUUUUUCUUAAGGAGUCAACGAAGCAAGGGAUGUUAGCAAAGGGGAAUGAAACCAAGAGGAAGAAGAAGAAAGUCUCAAUGAAGAUUUUGGCGAAUCUGAAUAAGCUUGUUACCCAGAAUGCAUCUGAAAAUGCCGAGCAAGAUAGAGAAUGUGCACGUAGUAUGAAAGAGAAUGUCCCUGUUAUGCAGACGCAGGCAGAGUUUAGUACCAAGUCACUCGCUCAACUAGCAGGAAAAACAUGUAGCGAGUUUAAAUGCUACAAAGUGCAGGAUCAGUUAAAUGACAAAAGCAAAAACAUCAAAAUAGAACCUCCCUGGUCUGAUAAAAAAUCAUGUGAUAUCAGAAUCAAGGAAGAACAGAUUGAUGAUGAUUACGACAAAAUGCAUAGUCUUAAAAAGGAGUUGGGGCCCAAGAAAUCUGAAAUUGAGGCUGGAGGAGACAGACAAGUGGAGACAUCUAGUGAAAAUCUAAGACAUCAGCAAGGCGAUAGUGAUAGAGAAAUUGCAAGAGAAGCAGAAGAGAGUCACCAUGUUGAUACCGACUCUGUGAGUGACAUUAGUGAGAAGCUGAAUACAACUAGCAUAACAGAGCCAUCUAGAGACCAAGCACGCAGAUUGUUCAGUACUCCCAGCAGUGAUAGGACAUUGCCCCCUAUGAAUAUCAACUUGACCAAAGUCACUGAGGAAGUGGAAGAGGUACAAUCAGAGCUGCAAAGACUUGAAGACACCAUUGCUGAGGACACUAAUGAUGUCACAAUGGAACAGGAGCAGCAGACUCACCCAGAGAGAUCAAAGUCUACCAGUCCUACUGCUGCACAACCAGGUGAUCCAGCACAGCUCUGUGUAUACAACUUUGCUGAACCAGAAAAUGCCAGACCACGAUCUACAUGUCCAAGUCCUGUAUUUAAAUUUGGUAGUGGAGAUAUGACAAAGUCUACAAUGUUUGGAGGUUUGAAUGAGGAUGACAAUAUGAUGAUGGGUACCACAAAGACUCCACAACAAGCCUUGAAACGGCGCAAAGUGCUCCAUAAUGAUAAAGGCAAAAUGGUAGGAGAGUCUCCACAUCAUCCAGUCAAGCCUCAAAGUCCAACAAGCCGAAAAAAGAUUGCCGAGAAAGAUUCUGGGAAAGCCGUACGUGUCAACAUAGCAGGAAAAUUUCAAAGGACAUUAACCAAUAAGGAUAAAGAGUUGGAUUCUGAUCAAGGGAUAUCAGAAAAAACUGUUUCAAAAAUUCUGACGCAAGCGAGGGAAUUGAUCAGUACAGCUGAAGGGGUCCCCAAACAGACCCCACAAAGUGACACAAACUUAUUAGAUAGGCCAAGAUCAGCAAGUGUGACAAGCCAAGGUGCAGAAACUGAUUUAAGAUUUGGGCGAUCACGAGGCAUGGGCUUCAUUCACAGUGACAACCCAGCUGCCAUCAAACCCAAAGGGAAGGUCAUUAACACAGUUGAGAAUGUAUCCUCAAAUGAACAUGCAAGUGUAAAAGUCACUGUUAUGGGGGGCAAUACCCAAACAAAAACUAAGUCUAACAGGGCACUUAUUGUUGAUGACAAACCUCAUAGACGUAUUAUCACCUUUGCCAAAUCAACAGACAAUACAAUUAACAAACUUAAUGAGCAAGGGAAAGUAAAUGAAACCAACGAACAGCAAGGAAGUCAUUCAAAUACAAACUCAAAAGUAUCAGCUGGAUCAUCAGAUAAUGGUAAUAUGAGAGCAAACAUGAACAAGUCAAAUGAUGUCCCUUCAAAGUCAACAAAGAGAGGAGUGACACCUAUGGGUGAAUAUAGUGCCAUUAUGAACCACGUGAGUUGCCAUGCUCAAAGUAACCACAACAAACCAAUACCAGCAAUUUUUGCAAAGCAUGUGAAUACAAUAGGACAGAAAGGAAAAGAUGCACAAAGUUUGAGCUUCCCUAUUGGUGUUACCGUGGCACCAAGUGGUGAUGUCAUAAUUUGUGAUCAUGGCAACGACAUGGUAAAAGUUUUCACACCAGAUGGAACAAACAAGUUCACAUUAGGAGACUCAGGUUCUGCAGUAUUUAAGAGGCCAUCAGCCACGGUAACAAAUGAUGCAGGUGACAUCUUUGUGAAGGACAUGAAAACAAUUCAAGUCUUCAACAAGAAUGGAGAAAAGAUGAGGUUGUUUGGAAAAGACAUUCUUCAGUCUCCCUAUGGUAUCGCAUUGAACAGCUUCAGAGAUCUAGUCACAGUUGACCCACAGCGAAUAGACCCAAGUCUAUUCAUAUUCAACCAGGAUGGUCAGCUCAUCCAACAAAGUUUGUUUUCUCCAAUUCUUGAACACAAGCGUGGAUCAAAGUGCAGAUUUCUAGAUGUUUUCGAUCAACAUUUGAUAGUUAGUGAUUUGGGUCACAGCCAUAUUUACAUGACAAACUUUAAUGGUGCACUCAUCUGUGACUUUGGCGGAUUUGGCACAGAUCAUGGAUUGUUCAGAGAGCCAUCUGGUGUUAGCAUCGAUCUCCAUGGUAACAUGAUGAUUGCUGACAGCAAGAAUGACAGGGUCCAGAUCUUUAACGAAGAUGGUGAGUUCUUGUGUCCUGUUAAGCUGUCAGAGAGAAUCUGGAGGCCUUCUGAUAUACAAAUUACUCCAGAUGGACUGUUAUACAUGUCUAGUUUAUUAGGACAUUGUGUUAAAGUAUAUGAACUACAAAACUAAAAACAUGGAUAUCACUAUCACUAGUGUUGUACAACAAAUGAACUAUAGAAGGAAAACAUAGAUAUCUUGUGACUGUUCUGAUAACAUGUUAAAGUAUAUCAAAUGCCAAACUAUAAACAUAGACAUAACUACUCACAAGUCUUGCCAACAUUGUGUCAAAGUGUUUGAACUGCAAACCUAAAAAUAUGGACACCACUAGUCGUGUACAACAUUGUGUUUAAGUAAAGGGACUAAAAUAAAAACAUGGAUAUUUUGUGUCUGGUUAGUAUGUAUAUUGUGUAAGUAUAUCAAAUAUAGAACUAUAAACAUGCACAUCACUAGUCUUGCAAACAUUAAGAUUUUGUUGUGUUAAUUAGGAAACUUAAAACAUGUACAGUAUGCUCUGCUUAAACGAUAUUGUGUUAAAGUAUAUGGACUAUUAAACAAAAACAUGGAUAUCUUGUGUCCGUUUGGAUAU